CACCUGAAUGCAGCACCACACAGCGACUUGUCUGCUGCUCGGGAAAAGAAACCGAAAGAAUAAAUGUGACUUACGCACAGAUCGUCGACUGGAUAUUACUUUCACUAUGUCUUCAGAUGAGGAUUUCUCUCUGGUGUUGGCAGACCCACAGCCAUUAGAGUACACCUUGGAGGGAAUAAAGGCUUUAAUCACCAACUACAAGAAAAAGCAUGAACAGCUGAUCCAGGAGCAACAGGAGCUGGCCACCAGCAGAGACGACCGGCGGGACAUGACUGAGAAGUGCAAGCAACGCUCCGUCAAACUGGCCCAGGAUCUGAAAGAGGACCAGCGCUCAUACAAAGAGCAGAUUGAAAAUGAAAAGGCGAAGCUGAACUCGAUGAAGCAGGAGGAGAGCGAACUGAUGAAGGAGAUCCAGAAGGCGGAGGAAGCUCUGAAGGAGGAAGAGGCCGAAAAAGACCAUCUGAAACAGCAGAGUGAGGUGUUCACAGCUGUACCAGAGAGGGAGGUCGUCUUCACCGGCUCGACAGAAAGCGAAGCCGACACACAAACCUUUGAAAUGAAGCCACGAGUAGUCUAUCCGAUGGAGGGCGGGACGGCACUGAUUACAUUUGAGGAAGAUGUCGUGGCCAGGAAGAUCCUGGAGUCGAAGACGCAUCAGGUGGAUCUGGGAGGAGGGUGCAUCAUCACUGUUGAGGUCCGGCCAGUUCAUCUGAUGCUGCCCAGGCUGGUGGAGAUAGACUCUGAGGUGAGUCCUCAGCACAUACUAAUCUCCAACCUGCCCACCAACCUGGACACCGAGACUCUGCUGAACAAGCUGGAGAUCCACUUCUCGAAGAGUAAACACGGAGGCGGAGAGGUGGAGAACUGUGAAAUGCUGCCUGACUCUGGGACUGUGGUCCUCACAUUUGUGGAUAAACACAUUGCCAGGGGUUUGACAGAUGCGGAGUACCAUGAUGUGAAGCUACAACAGAAGACGCACAGAGUGAGGGUGACUCCUUUUCUCAACGGAAAGAUCACAAACUUAAAGACCAAGAUGUUAGCGUGUCCUCGGACGGUGCUGCUGACGGGAAUCCCCAACGUCAUGGAGCGGGAGACCCUGCAGGAUCUGCUGGAAAUCCACUUCCAGAAAAGCAGCAACGGCGGAGGAGAGAUCGAAGUCUUCCUCUACAACCCGCUGGGUCAGAACACCUCGGCCCUGUUUGAGGGCGUCUCCGAAGACAAAGAGGAAAAGUAGGAUUACAUUUAUCACCGUUCCUUCUUAAAAAAAAAAAAAACAACCUCUGGUUCAGGGUGAGAUCGUCUGAUGUAAAGACAGGAUCAACCCUGCAUCUGUUUCAUUCUGUUUUCACACUUUUUGUGAUGGACGUAUAAUUUAGUACAAAGUUAUGAUUGUUCUUAUCUUAUAAAACUGCCCUUUCUAUUGCUAUUGGUGAUAUCACUUCUGAAGAAAGUAUUUAACCUUAUUUAAUAAUAUAAAUAAAUGGCAAUGACAAAUAAGUAAAGUGUAAUUACAAUGAUGCAAUAACCUUAUCAAUGAGGAAUCUAUGUUUAGCAGUUAAAAUGUAACGGGCCUUCUGUAACACAUUAUUACUUUGUCCAUUAUGACUAAGUGCAAUUAAAGUGUUGUGAAAUUAUGAAA